UUUUGCAUUGUAAGUACUAAGUGCGAGAAAAAGUAAGCUGCCAUAGAAGCAACCAAAGAUGGCUAAGGGAACAGAUGAUGUCAGAAUCCCGAUGCCAAAUGGGAAGGAUGGUGAGAACAAAAAAGGCUGGAAAUUUUACACCAUCUUCGUUGGGUCUAUUGUAUUUUCGUGCAUUAUUUUUGGGCUUUUAAUCUCUAGCUUAACAGUGGAUAGAUUGCAAAAUUCUAAGAUUUGGGAUUUCGAAUUAUGGAAAUGGUGUGUGUUACUACUGGUUGUUCUGGGCGGUGGAUUGACUGUGUACCUGUUCCUACUUGCUGUGGAGUCGUUGAUCAUUAAGAAUUUCCUUUUCAAGGUCGAAGUGGUUUAUUACUAUCAUGGAAUGAAGAAGAGUGUUUUGGUUUUCAUUUGGCUGGCUUUGGUGUUUUUGGCUUGGGGAUUGCUGUUUUAUCGGGGGGAUAAUAAGCUAAGCGAGGGUACUAAGAAGACUAUAGAUGGUGUUACUAGAGGUAUUGGUGGUUGUCUCAUUGGAGUUGCUAUGUGGUUAGUGAAAACUUUGUUAGUUAAGCUUGUAGCUUCCUUCCAUAUGAAGACUUUGUUUGAGAAAAUUAAAGCAGCAGACCGUAGUCGUAAGAUCUUUGAAUCCAUUUCAACGAAGCAAAAGCCCCAGGACGGCACAAUGAAGUACACAACAACAGAGUUAUUUGAUGCGAUUCGGAAUAAAAAGCUGCCUAAUCUCUGCUAUGAGGAAGAAGAAAUCACAGAUGAGAACAGAGCAGCGAAUGCUGCUAAUGAGAUUUUCAAGAAAUUUGAACGUGGUGACGAUGAAAGAUACAUAGACAUGAAUGAAUUAUUGGAAUACAUACCUGAUGAUGCCGAUGAUUAUAAGCAUUUCAAAGAAGCAGCAGAAGAAAAACAGAUGGGCGAAGGUAAACAGAUCAAGAGAUCAGUUUUCAGGAGUUGGGUGGUUUCACUUUACAACAGCUAUGACUCUGUUAACAGCGCCUUGAAACAAAGGAAAACAGCGGUUGACGAGUUGAAUAAAUUGUUUUCCGUGGUUGUGCUUCUCGUUAUCAUUGUAGUGUGGUUACUUUUCAUGGAAUAUUUAAACAUCAAAGUACUUGUCUUCAUGUCUUCUCAAAUUCUACUUGUAGUUUUCAUGUUUGGCAACGCUGCAAAGACUGUAUUUGAAUCCAUCAUAUUCGUAUUUAUCAUGCACCCCUUUGAUGUAGGCGAUCGGUGUGUUGUUGAUGGCAUACAGAUGAUUGUUGAAGAGAUGGAAAUACUAACGACAAACUUUCUGAAAUAUGAUAAUGAAAAGAUAUACUAUCCUAAUUCAGUUUUAGCUACCAAACCCAUUAGCAACUUAUACAGAAGUCCACCAAUGUCAGAUUCUUUCGAAUUUGCUAUUGAUCUUCAUACUUCAAAGGAGAAAAUUGAGAAUUUACAAGCUAGCAUCAGAGAGUACUUUGAAGCCAAUCCUAGGCGAUGGAGUCCUGCUAGUGACAGCCUACAGUUUAAGGAGAUAGAGGAUAUGAAUAAAAUGAAAGUGGCUCUCUAUUUUAAACACACCAUAAACUUUCACAAUGUUGCAAAGAGGUUCAAACGAAGAUCUGAGCUCGUAUUAGCGAUGAAGGACAUUUUUGAAAAGCUUAUGAUUAAAUAUUAUCUGUUGCCUCAGAGAGUUCAUCUCAUCGAUGGACCUUCUUUGGGAAAAAGUAGCUCUCUCACUCCUGCUGUACAGAGACGUUCCUUCUCUUUCUAAAGUUUGAUGACUCAAAAUACGUCUCAUAUAUUUAAUAGGUAGCUCUACCAUAUAAGAAUAAUCUUUCUUUUUGUGUGUUUGUCAAGAUUUCAUGUAACCUUUCUUUGGAUAUGAAUGUAUUACUUGUAAACUAA